AGGUACCAUGGCCGUUUUCGCUUCCGUUUCGACCCACAGCGCGCCGUGAAGAGUUGGGGCCGCGAUGACUGCGGUGCCGUAUCCAGGAACCUUCCAGUUGGGCUCUGCGAGGCAAAAGCUCGGUGCUGCCCCGGUGCCACUGGAUAACUCCGUGACGCCGCGGUCGCAGCUCACGGCCCGUGGCACCCUGGUGUCGUCGCUGCACCCCGAGACCCACAGGGACUUCCACUAUUCUGGCAAACGUCAGGCAUAUGGCUCAGUGUCUCCACUCCUGGAGAAGCUACAGCAGAAGUCCAUCAGCGGCGUCAGAGAAUGCCAAGAAGACGCUCGAACGAGGUGGUUCAAGGCAUAUGCUGAGGCUCGCAGUGAGGAAGUGAGGACGACCCGGGAGCAACUGGGCCAACAGCGACUGCUGGGCAGCUCGCUCUUGCUGGGCCACACCGAGGAGUCGGCCGACGGAUUUGUGUGGCAGUCAUGGAGAGGUUGGACGGCCAACAGUCGACAUCGACACGAGCAACAGAUGCGCCAGCAGUGGCAGCAGGAAGCUCGUGAGAGAUGGCGAAAAGCCAAUGGAACCAGUCGAGAGUGACCGGUGGGUGACACCGGUGGGGUCGUCGCUGCGGGAACGGAAUCCAAGUGGCGAGUUACAGAAGCU